GUGAUGGCUCAGCACCAGUCAGCUGCAAUCCAAGUUUCCUGCUGGACCAAGGUGAAAACUGGUGCCAUGAUGGGCGCUGCACUGGGUUGUGGAGUGGGACUCAUGUUUGGUAGCUUUGUUGGUAUCAGGGGUGGUCUAAGAGGCAAGAAGCUUAUCAAUGAGUUGGGCUCAACAAUGUUGCAAUCAGGAGGCACCUUUGGGACGUUCCUCGCUAUUGGAUCAGCAAUCAGAUGCUAAAAUUUUCAAAAAUUCUUCGUAUUCUUUUAAUUUUCCACAGACAAGUCUAAAUCGAUUUGAUUACUCCUGCUUAAUAAAUGUAUGUCACAAAAACUGUUCAAUGAUUUUCAAGGGAACUUAGGCUUCUAAAUUUUGUAAAUGUCUUUUAUUAAUUUAUUUAUAGUCAGGUUUUUGAA